AGAAUAAAAAGAAAAGAUGGGAUCGAUUGAGAAACGUAAACACAUUUUAACCGUUAAAACUUAAAACCCUAAACACAACUCACGUUCAGAUCAGAAACACUCAACUCAAACUGACCGGAUAAAAACCAAAGGCUCGCCGGAAAACGCCGGAGGAUUUGGCCGCUGCCCACCAGCAACAGCGAUCAAAUUCAUUCUACAGGUUUUUGGAGAAAUUACCAAUUCAUCUACCAUGGCUAAUAAUCCAUCACAGCUUCUCCCAUCAGAGUUGAUUGACCGCUGUAUAGGUUCAAAAAUAUGGGUGAUAAUGAAAGGUGACAAGGAGCUUGUUGGUACUCUUAGAGGCUUUGAUGUUUAUGUUAACAUGGUCCUUGAAGAUGUCACUGAAUAUGAGAUCACUGCUGAGGGGAGAAGGAUAACUAAGCUUGAUCAGAUUUUACUCAAUGGAAACAACAUUGCCAUUUUGGUCCCUGGUGGUUCACCUGAUCCAGAAUGAAUAAUGGUACUUGGUUACACCUCUAUUUUGAACCCUUAGUCGAUGCACAAGGCACAUGAUUCCUAUAUUUGAAAGAGGAUUCUGAGGCAAGCUAGGUUUUUUUCUUCCGUAAGCUUGUUUUAAGGAUACAUGAUUGUAGUAGCUAUAAGACCUUAAUCAUCAUGUUGAAUUGUGGAUUGUCCCGUGUAACAAGCAAUGGUAUUGAUUACAGUUAACUCUGCACCUCUAUAUUCCCGUUUCUCUUCCAUUACUAUCAAAGUUCACCCGUGUCUACUAUGAGCUGAUUGUCAGCUAAUGCUUAAUUGGACUCCUUUCCCAAUUGAAUGUGGUACCUGUUAUAUAUUUGCUAAGAUUAGUGAAAGUUAUUUGCAUUGUAGUUAUUAAAGGUCAUCUUGCACUAAUGAUAAAAGGCUUCUCUUGUAUUGUCAA